AUGUCCUCGACUGUCUUCUCGAUGCUGCCCACGUCCCUUCAGUCCAGGCUCCCGCCGCUGCGGUCCAUCCGCAAGAGCGCCAGCAUGCAGACCCUCUCCUCGAGCAGGCAGUCGCACACCCGCUCGCUGUCGGGGCUCGACGGCAUGCACCCCAACAUCACCCAGGCACGCAUCAUCUCGGAGAGCACCGAGGAGCACAUGAGUCUGGUGGCCACGGAGCACCACCAGUCCUCGCGGACGUACGAGAUGCGGUCUGCAGCCGACAAGCACGAGCAGGACCGGCGACAGGCGGAACAAUACCGCCUACAGCAACAGGAGGCAGCGAGUCAGUGCUCGAACGUGGAUUGGCGGUUUGCUCAACAAGGCCUUGCUUUGAUUGCCGUCGCUCAGGAUGAGCUAAGACAGCCCUCGCGGCGGCCGGCAGUGGACUUUGAACGGAAAGCAUUCCUCGACGGUGUCGAGUACAUCCUCAAGGCGCUCCCAAGCGACCUGAACGAACACGAGCUCCAUCGACUCCGCACGUCGACACCGUCUAACUUCAUCCCCUCUACCCCUCCCAACAGCCGCGCGUAUUCGCCAUCGCGGGGCGCAAAUAACGGGCGCUCGAUCCUCCACAGGGGCGUGCAGACGGCCGUCGUCAACAUCUUCCUCAUUAUUCAUCUGGCGCUUCCAUACCUCAUCCUCCUGCUGCGGCUAGCAGCCCGCACGGAGCGGGAGUACCGGAUAUCGGAGAAUCUGGUGGGCGCGGGUAUGGGUCUCGCCAACGCCAUCGGCAGCAAGGGCAUGCGCAUAACCGGCGCCUUGUGCAACGUCGGCGACGGCAGGCUCGGGCAGGCUCUCACAGAAGCAAUUGCCUGGACAGUCGAGGGCUUCACAGGCGGCUUGUCCGAUGGCGUCGGCGAGGGUCUGUCACUCGUAGCGCCCAAACGACAAUGA